UUAACUCUUAAGGCGGUCUUUUAUGUCUGCUUCAAAGGGACACCGAAGCCAGGGAUUUUUGGCCUUCGACUUGAAACCCCCGCAUACUACGUAGAGAGAGAGAGAGAGAGAGAGAGAGAUGGGUUGUUCAGAAACGACGGGUUCAUGGCUGGAGAGUGCGUUGCUUCAACUCAGGAGCUCUGGGAGUGGGAAUGGGGCUGGGAUUGAGAUAGACGACGAGGUUAUAUCAGGCCUCGUUUCUUACUGUGAACGCGCUCCUCCCCAAGAUGCCAAGGAGUUCCUCACUAAUAUUAUCACGCAGAAAGCUGGUCAAUAUGUAAUAAAUGAAUAUUUGCAAAGGAGGGGUUACGUGGAUGUUGAUGAAGGUUCCCCUCAUGCUUCCAGUUCCAAUUUUCAUACCUAUGUGAAGCCUCCUGUGGAUGAACAUUCUAUAUCUGGAACCCGAAGACCUGUGAAACAUCCAAAGGAGGGAACUCCACCCACCCAGCCCAAUGCAAAAAAUCAUAGUGCAGCUGCCCCAGUCAUGAACACUCAGAUCCCCAACAUUCCCAAAAAGAAGAAAGGUGGUAAGGUGAUUUCACUGGCAGAGGCAGCAAAGGGCUCCAUUGUUUUCCAGCAAGGGAAGCCUUGUUCAUGCCAAGCUCGUCGACACAAUCUUGUUGGCAACUGCUUGUCUUGUGGAAAGAUCGUUUGUGAGCAAGAAGGUGAAGGUCCAUGCAGCUUUUGUGGUGCACUUGUGCUUCGGGAAGGAAGCACGUAUGCUGGUCUAGAUGAUGCUCCAGUUCCUCUUUCUGAGGCUGAAGUGUUAGCGGAGGCCUUCACGAAAAGGCUUGUGGACUAUGACCGUAAUUCUGCUGCUCGUACGGCAGUCAUUGAUGACCAAAGUGACUAUUAUGAAAUUGAAGGGAAUAGUUGGCUCUCCGCAGAGGACAAGGCACUUUUGCAAAAGAAACAACGAGAGACUGAAGAUGCAGAACGUGCACGCCGUAAUAAAUUAGUGGUGACGUUCGACUUGGUCGGCCGCAAGGUGGUGAUGAAUGAGAAUGAGGCAUCAGAAUUAGAAUCGCAACAUUUUAUAUUACGUCCUGCAAUAACACCGGAGGAAAGAGAAGCGAACCGCAUAAUGCCAAACCCAAGUAUAAGGGUUUGCCCAGAAUAUGUAGACCCCGGGCCUUCUGCUAGAGUAAAACCGAGCACAACGCAGAGGGGCACUCUUUGUUUGGACAUAAGUGGGAGGGUGCAGUAUGAUUAUUCCAUUAAGUUGCCAUCAAGUGAUUCAUACUCUGCCACAAGCGAUGGAGACAACGGCCUGUGACAGAGGCCUGAAUAGCAUUGACCUUGGCAAAGGAGAUAAUUGUGAGUGAUUGAGUAAUUUCAUGAUUGUCUAGUGGUAUUUGGAAAUUCCUUUUGACACCGCCACAAAAUGUUUGGUACUGCUGCCUUGGGAUUUUUCUAGGUCUGAGGAUCGAGCGGACAAAUGUAAUAGAAAAUUAGAGGAUGUUAUCAAUGGCACAUUUUAGGAAAUAUGCAAAUAAAUGAAAUCCUCCAUUUUGUAUCUGUUA